UUUUCUUAUAUGUUUGAAUUAUCUGUAAAAAAUAAAAUUGAAAUACUUUUCCCAUUCGUAAUAAGUUAUUUUGCUUGCGUGUUUCUAUGCGCUCUUUAUUUCAACUUCGGCUACGUUUACUGACAGCUGUCAAGAUCUGAGUGUGCGUGCACGUGUGCGUGUAAAGUGAGCGGAGUGUUUGGUCGCGCUGCCUGUAUUUAACAUCAAUUUAAAAUAAGCUAGUUGCGGCCAAUUUGGUUCGAGUUGAAUUUUAGCCACUGUGAAGAUCGGUCCAACACUGAGUAGCACUUAGUGCGCGCGUUAUUUUUUCAAUUUCUGCGGUUUAAUUUCGGUCAUUGACAGUUUUCAUUCAAUUUUCGUGUGCAUUUCUAGUGUAUCCAAGAAGGCAAAAAGUAACGACCGCUGUUAGUUAACAACUACCAGCGCCCCGCCCGCAACAACAAACGCCAACAAUAGCUUGUGUGCAUCCUAUUAAUUCGAUCUGAGCAAUUAUCAGCUUUAUAUCCGUUGUGUGUUGAUUACUUAAAGUUUGGCAACUGAGCAAUAAUUACUAAAAGCUAAAAAAAAUAAACAAAUAACAACAAAAAAAAAACAAAAACAAAGCGCACAUCAAAAUGGCUGUUAUACUACAUGAAGUUUACGACUGGUACAGAGAUCUCAUGGACAAUCGAAGUGAUCCACGUGUCAAAGAGUGGCCCAUGAUGUCAUCGCCAUUCCCCACCUUAGUAGUCUGCGUAUUCUAUGCCUACUUCAGCAAAUCGCUUGCGCCGCGUCUGAUGGCGAAGCGAAAAGCGUUGGAUCUGCGCAAAAUACUCGUCUACUAUAAUCUAUUUCAGACAAUAUUCAGCGCGUGGAUUUUCUAUGAGUACUUAAGAAGUGGCUGGUGGGGUAAUUACAGUUUCAAAUGUCAGCCCGUCGAUUACUCCAACAAUCCAAUGGCAUUGCGUAUGGCACGUACUUGUUGGUGGUAUUACAUUUCAAAAUUCACAGAGUUCUUUGAUACGCUAUUCUUCAUCUUACGCAAGAAAAAUGAACACGUAUCAACGUUGCAUGUCAUUCAUCAUGGCUGCAUGCCCUUCUCCGUAUGGAUGGGCAUGAAAUUUACGCCAGGCGGUCACAGCACAUUCUUCGCGCUGCUCAAUACCUUCGUACACAUUGUCAUGUACUUCUAUUAUAUGAUCGCCGCAAUGGGUCCCAAAUACCAGAAAUUCAUCUGGUGGAAGAAAUACCUAACCACCUUCCAAAUGGUACAAUUUGUCGCCAUUUUCACGCAUCAGUUUCAGUUGCUCUUCAGAGAGUGCGAUUAUCCCAAAGGCUUUAUGGUUUGGAUUGGUCUGCAUGGCAUUAUGUUCCUGUUUCUAUUCUCUGACUUUUAUAAAGCCAAGUACACAAAUGCACGUGCCCGUAGCGCGGCGGUGAAGGCCAACACAAAUGGUUAUACCAAACUACCUGCGUCGAAUGGCAAAUGCAUACCAGUCAGUGAUGAUGAUUUAUCCAAUCAUUUGGUGGCGUCCAACAACAAUAAGGGUGCUUGCAUGCCCGUUAUGGACGAGGAAGCCGAGAGCAUCCAGCCCAAUCAUCACUUCACCAAUGGCUAUAAGAAUGGCUACGCUAACGGUCAUGCCUUUAAAGAAGGCGAUGGUGUGCUAUCCACCAACGAUGCUAUACUCAAUCCGGACAGCAGUAGCUCUAGUCUACACCAGCGAAAAGUCAAAUAAAGCAUAAAGUGUAACAAACGAAAGCAGAAAUAACCAGCAAAGAAUAGUUAGCACUUAAGCAUAUAUUAAUAACAAAAAACCAACAACAAAAAACCCAUACACACAAAAAAAUUGAUUAUUUUUUAUAUAUACAUAAAUUAUAUAUUUAAUAAUUUAAAUCGAGUAAAUAUGGAGCUUAUAUAUAUAUAUAUAUAUAUAUAUAUAUGUGUAUAUUUAAAAGUUGGAAAAGGAAACACAAGAAUUAAUUAUAAUUAAAAUACUAUACAUUAUAGCAGCAACAAAGAAGAAUAUGUUCUAAGGUCAAGUACAUUUGUACAUACAUACAUACAUUUAUUUCUAGACAUAAUCUAGUAUCACCAAGUUGUUCAAACAAUUUGCAGUAGAUAUGUAUGUAUUUAAUGCAAAAGAAACAAAGAAAAGAAAGCAAAACAAAGCGAAAUGCAGAAAACAUAUGUUUCAUUUAGGCAAACAAAAACAACACAAAAAGCAAAAAUCAAAUAAAAACCCCAUAGAUUUUAUUUAAGUACAUUUAUUAGAUAUAGAAGAGCAUUAAUUGCGCGCCGCUUUCUUGUAGAUUGAGAAGGAGUAAGGAGGGAAAGUAAAAGCGAAGUCAAACAAUUUAUUGUUAUAAAUUUGUAAGCAUUCAAACGGUGUUUUACAUCAUGCACACGCAUAAAUUAUGCAAAAAAAAAAAAUCACAUAUACCUAUAUAUGUACAUACAUAUGUGAAGAAACAGAAAAAUGCGAAUCUUAAAGUUUUACACAAACUUGGCAACAACAGGGAAAUAAAUAAUAUAAUAAAAUGGACGUCUACAAAAACUAUUGUUAAUAUUGCGACAACUACCGAAUACUAAUAUUAUACAUAUACUACAAAAGCAACAAGUACUACUAUCAAGCGACACUACUACCACCAAAAAAGUUACAAUUAAAAUUCUAAUUUUUUUUUAUUAAACUCUACUACUUUAUAGUGCAGUUAUGCGCGUAAAUUAUGCUGUUGCAUGCGUGCACCUCUCAACCAUUGCGAUUGUUGCGCAAUUAGAGCAAUGUUACGGCGCCCAUGCGCAGUGUGCGUUUGUAUACAUUUACCUACCAAUAACUUAGACUUAUGUAAAUGUAUUUAUAAAGCGUUAAUAAUGUAAAUUUUUUAUAUAUCCAGAAAAUAAAAGUUCGAAAAAGUAACAAAAACAAAAAAAAAAAUAACAAUAACAAACAACAAUGUCAAGUACACUGAUAGCACAGCAUUUUAUGUAUUUGUUGCAAAAUUUAAGAGGAGAAAAAGAAAAAAUGAAAAUCAAAUAAGCAAACGAUAUUUUGUAUAGAAACGGGGGAGGUAUUCUAUUUUGUGGACAAAUAAGUAACUGAAGAACAAACUAUAUUUAUAAAUAUGUAUGUAUAUGCCUAUAAAUAUUUACAAAUAUCUCUACUUAGUUAGCUGCGUCCUAUUAAACAAUAUACUCGUUGUACAUAUAUAUAUGUAUUUAUAUACUACAAUACAUGACAGACAGUGCGUGCGUAUGUGUAUAGUAAAAGCAUAAGUGCGAGUAUGUAUAUAUAAAUAUGUAUGUAGAUAGCAAGAAUGGAUUUUACAUUUGUAGAUAAAUUAAUGCUUAAGCGCUAUUGUUCGUUUAUUCUUUGUAUUUUUAUUAAAUCAAAGUGAAUGUAAUGUAAAACUUAACUGUUAUUUAGCAAGAAAUUUUACGAAAUUAUUAAUUAUAACUCAUUAGUUUUUGUUGCAUUUUUUGCUUUUCGUUUCAUAUGACGUGCGUUAACGGUAGUUUUUGGUUUUACUUUGCAAAUAUAUUUUCGGAAUUUGUAUUUUUCACAAACACGUAAAAGGCAAUAGUUUAUAUACAUACAUAUAUACGUUUAUAUAUACUAUAUUAUAUUAUUCUCCUUUUGCAAGGGUUACUGGUAGUCAAAUUUUGUUUGUAUAUUCUUUGUUCAAAAUAUGUAUGUAUAUCGCGUAAUUUUCAUUCAAAACAAAAAAUAAAAAGAAAUUCUCUUUUAUACAACACAAACAUAUAACAUUCACAUACGAGUAGAUAUGUAUUGCUACGCUUAAUUAUUAUUUGCAUACUUUUGUAAGGUUAAUGUGCCUAAUGUGUCUACUUUAUAAUGUACUUUUGUAAAGUUACUUAGUGUAAUUCUGUUUCUUUGAAUAAACUCAUGAAUCCAUACAAAUCGAA